AUGGACGCGGACGCGCAAGGUGCGCGCGCGCGCCGAUUCAAAAAUAGGGAUAACCCUAGCUCGCAAAGCACACUGCGCAGUCGCGCAACCCUUUCCCCAACCUCCACCCUCUUCUUCUUCUUCUCUCCCCCAACUGCCGUCGCAGCAGCAGCGCCGGUCGCCGCCGCAAGACCUACCUCCGUCACCGUCCUUGGCCAUCAAUUCCCUUUCCCUCUCACCACCACCCGUUCUCUCUCUCUCCCUCUCACUCCUCUCACCCAUCUCACCCUUCCCUCCGCCGCCACCCCGUCAUCACUGCCGGCGGCUUCCCCCCUCUCUGUUCUUCCUGCACAUCCUCCUAUCCUUCUCCUCUCUCACCAUCACCCUCCCUCCUCCCCUCAGUUUCUCAUCCCUCCGGCCAAACCACCGCGCCAGCCGUCCUCACCGCCACCGUUCACGGCGGUGCCAGUUCCUGUCUCUGCUGCCCCUGCCUUAUCGUCGUCCCCCUUUCCAUUCUCAGUUUUUUCCGGCUCCCAGUGCAACAUCAUGAUUGCUCUACCAUCUCCUUCGACUGCAGCCCCACCUCCUUCAGCACCCGAGCCCACUUACCUACUGGUUCAGCGUCUGUUUCGGUUCUUGGAGCGCGAGAGGCUUCAUGUCAGACGCCGACUGGAUCGGAUGGAUCAGGCACUCAUCUCCCUUGGCGCUGAGUUACCUCCGCUCCCAGACUCUCCGACCUCCAAUGAGCAGGAUCAUCAGGAGGAGGACGCGGAGGCACCGGCUCAGCAGGAUGCCCCUGACACUACAGAGCCGCCACAGACUCAGGAGGAGCCGGUCCCACAGCCUCAGCCACAGUCAGAGCCAGAGCCUAUCGUUGUACCUCCCACUGAUCCUCCGGUUUAG